AUGUACGGUUCUGAUACUAAUGUAAGUAAAAUGAAAGAUAAACAUGUAAUUUUAUCUGAAUGGGUUAACCCUAGAAAGAAACGUGUAUAUGAAUCGGAGGGCGAAUUAUCCACCGGACAGAUAUCCGCGGUACAAAAACCGGCCUGUUGCACGGAGAACAUGCUAAGCUCACUAAAAGAAACGAUGGAUUCAUUACGUGAGGAAAUGAAGAUCAUGAUGCAUACUCUUAAAGAAAUGAAAGACCAACAGGAAACACGUUUUGGGAAUUUUGAAAAAGAUAUGUCAGAUAUAAAAAUUACAAUAUGCCAGUUGCAGAAAACUAAUGAAGUCGUUGACGACUCAUUGGAUUAUCUCGGCAAAAAAUGUUCAAAACUGGAGAACGCCAUCGAGGAGGCGAAUAACUGUGGAAUUCAAGACAUAACCCGCGAGGCAGUGAGUGCGGAGCGACGGACAGCCACUUGCAUCGAUCAUGUGUUCGUUAGAACUGAGAGCGCGUCAGAGGUGCAAGCGUAUUUACUUACGAGUCCAUUAGCUGAUCAUUACCUAACGGGACUCACCGCUGUUAUAGGUGCUUUGCAGCACUUGAGCCGACUUAUCGUUACUUCAGCUAGAACUGCUGUGACUUUAUCACAUAAAAUGUAA